AUGCGGGUGCCAUCAAGGAGAUGGAGGCUUUUCUUGAAUUAUGUUGUGCGGGGCAUUGUGUGGUGGGUGGGAGCUUUCCUGGUUGGACAAAUUUAUCCGGAUUCCGUUAAGAUAUAUGUGAUGGUGACAGUGUUGCUUGGAAUAUUUACUUCUUUGGAUUACGGGCCGCGGGAGCAGACGAUGGAUGUCAAUGUGUGUGGUGCUUCAAAAUCUAAUAGGACAGGGGCCACUGCGAAUGGGACGGAUGUCGCCGUCGUUAACGAUACCGCUGCUGUUGCUGUUGUUAAUUAUAAUGGCGUGGCGGCUUGUCAGGGUGUUUCUGCCGUCGAGAAGCAGCGUGUUGUCUUUGCAGCUUUGAAGGGCAUAGGGACGCCACAGGCGCUUCGCGCCAUUCAAGAUGAGAAGCUCCGCGAAGAAAUUAUUUGUUCUCCAUUGGAUGCUUCUUUCUGUUGUUGCGGCAGCGGGAAGCGCUUUGCACGUUGUUGUCGCCUGUUGCAAGAGGAGCUUCGUGGUUGCGGCCUGUAA